AUCACCUGCUGAUGUGGUUCAGUGCAGCUUUACUAGACCAUUUUGCACUUAUGAUUGUCACAAGGUGGGAAACAAAGGUCAGUUAAUUCUCUCUUGGUCCGUCACAAAUAUUCAGGAUGCUGAAGACACCAGACAUGCUUCUUCUCUUCUGUCUUGUCGGGGCAGCAAAUGCUCUGUACAAGCAGUGGAUUCCUGACACUAACUAUGAGAAUAAGACCAACUGGGACAGAGGAGCUGUUCCAUGUGGCAACGACGUAGUCCAGUUUUCAGCCCAGAGGAAGGUGUCUGUGUUUGUGGAAUCUGCACAUGCUGUACGGGAGAUGAAGCUACCACUUGAUGGAGAGUUCAUCUUGAAUUCCAGAGCUGGUUUUUAUGUUCUUAGUGGACAAGAUCCAGACUGUGGAGCAGGUGUCACUACCAAAUUCAAAAAUUCAGAUUCUCUUGUGUGGUAUAACCCAGCCCUGUGGCAGGCCGCUGCCACUUUGGACGACCUGCAGCAGAAAAACUUCCUAUUUUCAGUCCAUGAGGAGAGUGUUCCUUGUAAGCAUGACGAUGUGGUCUUCAAAGCCAGCUCCUCCUUCAGAGUGGAUACCAGCUCCAGUGAAAAGGAAAUCCCUGUUAAGUCUGUGUCUGUGCUGGGGAAGAAGUUUGAUAGCUCUGAUGGAACUGAGUUUAACGAGUACCUCCAGUCCCACACAGGCCGACUGCAGUUUCAUGGGUCUUCUGAUGUUGCUCCUGGAAUGUCAGCCUGUGAUGAUCCAUCUGGCUGCAUCUGUGGGAAUUCCGCAAACCUCCCACGGAUCUGUAACACCGUAACAUGUACUCCCUCAACCUGCAAGAAGCCCCUUCGCCCUUCAGGACACUGCUGUGAUGUGUGUGGUGCAAUUCUCACUGUACAUUAUGACUCUGGUUUCAACCUGCAGACCUACAGGCAACGAAUCCAGCAUCGAUUUCUCACACAAUACACAUCAGUUCAGCUAGGAAUGUCUAAAGUCUUCCAGUCACAGAGGUUACUUAAUAUAAUCCCUUUAUGGACAUCAGCAGAAAUCCAGGUGGUCAUUCUAGAUGGAGAAGGCAGUUCUCAGGCAGAGGCUCUGGUUCAGGACCUAAUGAAAGACAUUAAUUCUCAGGGCUCUAUCCUGGGAAUCACUGGAGCUGAAGUUCAAACCUCUUCUGGAAACAACAGCAAACAGACCAACACUGGAAUGGUGAUUGGAGCUGUGUUUGGAGUUUUAAUAAUGCUUUCACUUAUUGUCACCAUAGUCGUCCUGGUCCGUAAGGGGGUUGUUCAAAUGCCAUCCAUAAGCAUGUUUCAUACGAGCAGUGACAUUGGAGAACUCGGUGGACCUAUUGAUCGUGGCUUUGAUAAUCCCAUGUUUGACAAACCCUCUUUGAUGCCUGAAGUUCCUAGUCUGUAUGGGACUGAAGUUACCAACUCAAUCUCUAUGAGGCAGACAGGUGUACACUUCGUAAAUCCAGUUUAUGAUGAACAUGAAACUGAUUUUAAUGUUUGAAAUUGUUAAUGAUUUCCCAAAGUGCUUUU